AUGGCACCCAUGAGCAAACCCACACCACAGGCAGCCAUCAAUGCUGUCACUAACCAGAAUGACUAUCUGUCCAGUGACACAGCAAAAAGAUGUGAUAAGAAGUCUCUCCUAACAAUUAGGACUGAGUGCCGAUCCUGCUCACUCAACCUUGGAGUCAAGUGCCCAGAUGGUUACACCAAGAUUACCAAUGGCUCUGUAGGGGUUCGAGAUUGCAGGUACACUUUUGAGGUGAGAACUUACUCUCUGUCACUCCCUGGAUGCCGCCAUAUUUGUAGGAAAGACUAUCUUCAACCUCAGUGUUGUCCAGGUCACUGGGGCCCAGACUGCAUGGAGUGCCCAGGAGGAGCAGGGUCUCCCUGCAGUGGCAGAGGCAGUUGUGCCGAAGGCAUGGAAGGAAACGGAAGCUGCUCCUGCCAAGAAGGAUUUGGUGGAACGGCCUGUGAAACCUGUGCUGAUGACAACUUAUUUGGACCCAGCUGUUCAGAAGUGUGCAGCUGUGUGCACGGGGUGUGCAACAGUGGGGUCGAUGGCGAUGGAACCUGUGAGUGCUACUCCGCCUACACUGGGCCCAGCUGUGACCAACCCAUCCCUGAGUGUGCAGCCUUGCUCUGCCCAGAAAAUUCCAGAUGCUCGCCUUCCAGCGAAGAUGAAACCAAACUAGAAUGCAAAUGCCUUCCCAGUUACAGAGGCGAUGGCCAAUACUGCGAGCCCAUCAAUCCAUGUUUACAAAAAAUCUGCCACCUUCACGCCCAUUGCACAUACCUGGGGCCAAAUCGACACAGUUGUACAUGCCAAGAAGGCUACAGCGGAGAUGGCCAAGUAUGCUUGCCGGUAGACCCCUGCCAAAUUAACUUUGGAAACUGCCCUACAAAUUCUACGGUGUGCAAAUACGACAGGCCUGGACAGUCUCACUGUGAAUGUAAGGAACAUUACCACAAUUUUGUACCUGGAGUGGGGUGCAGUAUGACCAAUAUCUGUGAAUCAAAUAACCCAUGUCAUAGGAAUGCAAACUGUACCACCAUCGCACCAGGCCAAACCAAAUGCACUUGCCAGAAAGGUUACGUGGGCGAUGGUUCAACAUGUUAUGGAAACAUCAUGGAGCGACUCAGAGAAUUAAACACUGAACCCAGAGGAAAAUGGCAAGGAAGGCUGACCUUUUUCAUCUCACUCCUGGACAAAGCUUAUGCCUGGCCACUGAGCAACCUGGGACCAUUCACUGUGCUGCUACCCACAGACAAGGGACUGAAAGGGUUCAAUGUAAAAGAGCUUUUGGUGCAUAAUGAAGCUGCUCAAUACUUUGUGAAACUCCACAUCAUUGCAGGGCAGAUGAAUACUGAGCGUAUGAACAACACAGACACAUUCUAUACCUUGACUGGGAAGUCAGGGGAAAUCUUCAACGGUGAUAAGGGCAAUCAACUAAAGCUUAAACUUUAUGGGGGCAAAAAGAAAGUGAAGAUUAUGCAGGGGAACAUAAUUGCUUCCAACGGGCUCCUGCACAUCCUCGACAGAGCCAUGGACAACAUAGCGCCCACAUUUGAGAGCACCACCGAGCAAACCAUAAUGACAAUGCUACAACCAAGAUACAGCAAGUUCAGAUCUUUGAUAGAGGAAACCAAUGUGGGACGUGCCUUAGAUGAGGAUGGGGUUGGUGGGCCAUACACCAUUUUUGUCCCAAGUAAUGAAGCAUUGGACAACAUGAAGGAUGGCAUUCUCGAUUACCUCCUUUCUCCAGAGGGAUCUCGGAAGCUUCUGGAACUCGUCAGAUACCACAUUGUCCCAUUUACCCAGCUGGAAGUGGCCACUCUUAUUUCGGCCCCUACCAUUAGGAGCAUGGCCAACCAGAUCAUACAGUUUAACACAACCAGCAAUGGACAGAUUCUGGCAAAUGAUGUGGCAAUGGAAGAAAUUGAGGUCGUUGCCAAAAACGGCCGAAUUUACACACUGACCGGAGUCCUCAUUCCUCCCUCCAUUGUGCCAAUUCUGCCCCAUCGAUGUGACGAAACAAAGAGAGAACUGAAACUGGGCACCUGCGUGAGCUGUUCCCUAGUGCAUUGGAGCAAAUGCCCUGCCGACUCUGAGCCCACAGCACUCUUCACACACAAAUGUGUCUACACUGGCAGAAUAAGGAGCCUGAAGAGCGGCUGUGCCCGAUACUGCAAUGCCACUGUGCAGAUACCCAAGUGCUGCAAAGGCUUCUAUGGACCUGACUGCAACCAGUGUCCAGGAGGCUUCUCAAAUCCAUGCUUAGGAAAUGGACAGUGUGCAGAUGGCCUCGGUGGCAAUGGGACAUGCAUUUGCAAGGAUGGCUUCCAAGGCUCCCGGUGUCAGUUCUGCUCUGAUCCCAAUACAUAUGGACCUCGGUGUGACAAAA